AUGAAAAAACAUGGUAUAUACCCAGAUUCUGCAACAUUCACAAUUUUAUUGAGUGAAUGUGCAAAUUCUAAUAUGUAUGAAGAAGGAGUUAAAAUUCAUGAACUUGCAAAACAAACUCUCAAAGAUUUCACAAUUGAAUUAUCAAACACAAUUAUUAAUUUUUACACUAAAUGUGGUUAUUCAAAUAUUGCCAUAGAAGAAUGUGAAAAAUUGAAACAGAAAGGAUUGAUGAAUGUUGUAACUUGGACAUGUUUAAUUCAAGCAUACAUUCAACAAAAUGACAUUGAGAAAGCAAUAGAUAUGAUUAUUGACAUGAAAAAGAGUGGUGUUUACCUAGAUUCAACAACAUUCACAAUUUUAUUGAGUGCAUGUGCAAAUUCUAAUAUGUAUGAAGAAGGAGUUAAAAUUCAUGAACUUGCAAAACAAACUCUCAAAGAUUUCACAUUUGAACUAUCAGACACAAUUAUUAAUUUUUACACAAAAUGUGGUUAUUCAAAUAUCGCCAUUGAAGAAUGUGAAAAACUGAAACAUAACGGAUUGAUGAAUGUUGUAACUUGGAACUGUUUAAUUCAAGCAUACAUUCAACAAAAUGACAUUGAGAAAGCAAUAGAUAUGAUUAUUGACAUGAAAAAGCAUGGUGUUGUACCUAAUUCAACAACAUUCACAAUUUUAUUGAGUGCAUGCGCAAAUUCUAAUAUGUAUGAAGAAGGAGUUAAAAUUCAUGAACUUGCAAAACAAACACUCAAAGUAUUUUCUUUAGAGCUAUCGACAGCGACUAUUAAUUUUUAUACUAAAUGUGGUUAUUCAAAUAUCGCUAUUGAGGAAUGUGAAAAACUGAAACAGAAAGGAUUGAUGAAUGUUGUAACUUGGACAUGUUUAAUUCAAGCAUACAUUCAACAAAAUGAUAUUGAGAAAGCAAUGAAUACGAUUAUUAAUAUGAAAAAGAGUGGUGUUGUACCUAAUUCAACAACAUUCACAAUUUUAUUGAGUGCAUGUGCAAAUUCUAAUAUGUAUGAAGAAGGAGUUAAAAUUCAUGAACUUGCAAAACAAACACUCAAAGAUUUCACAAUUGAAUUAUCAAACACAAUUAUUAAUUUUUACACAAAAUGUGGUUAUUCAAAUAUUGCCAUAGAAGAAUGUGAAAAAUUGAAACAGAACGGAUUGAUGAAUGUUGUAACUUGGAACUGUUUAAUUCAAGCAUACAUUCAACAAAAUGAUAUGUCAAACACCCACACUCCAUCAGAUGCAGAAUAUGGGUUGAAUAAGGCAUUUAGAGUCUAUCAGGAAAUGAAACAAAAAAACUUUGAACCUAACAGUUAUACCUUCAGCAUUUUAAUGGCAGCGUGUGGAGAAUAUGUAGCUUCAAACAUUGGAAUUCAAAUAAUUGAGGAUAUAAAACAAAACAACAUGGAUAUCUAUGAAGAGGUUAUUUCUGGUAUGGUUUAUUUUUACUCUAGAGUUGGCCAAAAAGAAACUGCACAACAAUUAUUUGAUAAUCUUGUUAGAAAGAAGGAUGAAUCAAAAGAACCACUUUCUAUCGUCACUUAUACUAAUAUGCUUUCUUGUUAUGCACAACACGGUAAAGGAUAUGAAGCUCAAAAACUGUUCGAUGAAAUUGUUGAAAAGAAAGUCAAAAUUGAUGAAAUAACUCUAAUAGUAUUAUUGAAUGCAUAUUCACAUUGUGGAAUGGUUGAAGAAGCAAUUCAAUUAUAUAAUGAUAUGAAACCAAAACAUAAUUUUAAUCCAACCCUCUCUAUUGAUUGCGUUAUGAUUGAUGUGUUUUCUCGUGCAGGAAGAUUUGAGGAAGCAGAAAAACUAAUAGGUAGUCGCAAUGAUAUUGGUUUGUGGGGCGCAUUGAUGGGAGGAUGUAGAAAAUUCAAUAAGAUUGAACUUGGUGAAAAAGUAUUUAACAAAAUGACAACAAUUGAUGAAAAACUAACCUCACCCUAUAUAUUAUUAUCCCAUAUCUACACAUAUCAUGGAUUAAACGAAAAAGCUAACAAAUUGCAAAAAUUGAUGCGAAAAAGAGGUAUAAAAAAAUUGCCUGGUAUUGUGUAUCAUGAAGAAAAUGGCAUUGUAUUUAGAUUUAUUUCUGGAUCUGACGACCACAAAGAGGACUCUCAAAUGUUUGCACAAAUUGAGAGAAUGAGAGAUGAAAUAUUUCGUAAAAUUAUUAAGGCUGGAUAUAGACCAGAUACAAGAUGGGUUACCAGAACCGAAUCAUUGUCAGAGGAGGAAAAAGUUAAUUUGCUUUAUCGACAUGCUGAAAAAACAGCCAUUGCUCACGCCUUUGUUUUGAAUCCAAAUAGAAAGAAAAUAGUAUUAACAAAAAAUCUGAGAGUUUGCAAUGAUUGCCAUUCGGCUACUACGUACAUUUCAAAAGUGAUGGAUGUUGAAAUUAUUGUAAGAGAUGCCAAUAGGUAUCAUCAUUUCAAAGAUGGAAAAUGUAGUUGUGGUGGUUAUUGGUAA